GCCAAGAGGCAUUUCUGCACUGAGAUCUCCGCGGGCUUGGCUAGCGGGGCAGAGGAGCCAGAUUCGCGGCCGGCCGGCUGGCUGGCUAGCUGCGGGCGGGCUGGUUGGCGGGGACGGGCGAUCGCCGCUUUGGGCGUAGGAGCCACAUCUGCGGGUUCAGCGGAGAGCGGAGCGGAGCGGAGCGGGCGGCCGUCGGACCAGUAAGGAUGUAUACGGCCGGGUUGGCCCCCUUUUACGCGUCCAACUUCAGCCUGUGGUCAGCGGCGUAUUGUACCCCGGCGGGCCCGGGCGCUGGCGGCUGCUUCUCCUUGGAUCCCUCGGGGCUCAAGAAGCCUUCUUUCUGCAUCGCGGACAUUUUACACGCCGCCGCAGGAGAGGCAUCGGUGGUGGACGGCCUGCCCGGGGGCCCAUCGUCCAACCUGGCCGCCCACUUAGGCGCCGUCCAUGCCCACGCGCAAUUCCACCCGGCGGCAUCCCCGCUCAGACCUAACCCCAUGGUGGUCCCGGACACUUCAGUCGCCUUCCCCGCCAGGCUCUCGCCUCUCUCGGCUACUUACCACCACCCGCAUCCUCAGCGUCAGCGCUCUCCCAGCGGAGGCCCGAGCGGGGGCGCAUCAACCCCUGGCAGGGGGCAGAACCACCAGACCCAUCCUCCUGGCUCGGCUCCCGCCCCCUGCAGCAAAGACUUGAAAUUUGGGAUUGAUCGAAUUUUAUCCGCCGAAUUUGACCCGAAACUCAAGGAAAGCAGCACGCUGAGAGAUCUGACCUCCUUAUUAAGCACCAGCCGCCAAGGUGGGGUUCAUGUCCCCGCCUUGCAGCCGCCGGCCGGCCAGUUCUUCGCGUCUCUAGAACCCAUUAACGAGAGCUCCGGGGUCCUGGGACCCUUAAACACAGCCCCAAGGAAUUCAGUUCAGCACCAGUUUCAAGACACUUUUCCAGGUCCGUACGCGGUGCUCACGAAGGACACGCUGCCUCAGACCUACAAACGGAAGCGCUCGUGGUCCCGAGCGGUCUUCUCCAAUCUGCAAAGGAAAGGGCUGGAGAAGCGCUUUGAAAUCCAGAAAUACGUCACCAAGCCGGACCGAAAGCAGCUGGCAGCCAUGUUAGGACUCACAGACGCUCAAGUGAAAGUCUGGUUCCAGAACCGGCGCAUGAAGUGGAGGCACUCCAAGGAGGCGCAAGCACAGAAGGACAAGGAGAAGGAGCCCUCGGAGAAGGCGGCAGGGGGUGCUGUGCCGACGGGCGAGGGCGAGGCCGAGCGCAGCCCCAGCCGCUCGGAAGGCGAGAGCGAGAGCAGCGAGGCUGAAUCCUUGGACCUGGAGCCCAGCAGCGAUGCCGAACGGACAGAGGCAGGGGCCGCUGCUGAUCAGCCCCUGCCACGGCACAGCCCCGGGAUGCACCACCUGGCCUCUUCGGAAACUGCGGUUCACUCGGAGCCCCCGUCAGUGGUGCCCACGGGCCUGGACCCAGGCAGAGAGUCUCUGCGGUCCGCCGAGCCCUCUUUUUGCCUGCAGGACUCUCCGUGACUGCCUGUCCUCUGGGAACCAGCCAGGCUGAAAAGCUCCCAGUAGCCCCGGCUCCAGAUGCUCGCUCCCCAUUUGGGAACUGGGAAAGUAUUAACCCCCUAACUGCCAGGUGUCGACCUGUACUGUCGGUGGAGAGAGGUGGGUUCGGAGGUAACUACACCCUGGCAGCAGGCGGUGGAUGUGGGGUGUCAACCACUGUUACAGGUGGGGGCAGAAGUAGGCACCCCAACCGUGGAGAGAGCGGCUUUAUGAACCGCCCCAGGGUGAGUGGGUGGCAUUCAUGGUGCUGUGAGAGGAGGACAGACUUGUGGGCCCAAAGAGAGGCUCUGUACAUAUUGUAGUGCUUACGCAGGCAGUCUGUGCACCUAGCGCUGGGAAGCCUCUCUGCAGGGUCCUUCUGGUGAAGGAGAUCCCUCAGGUUAGAGAAACAACCAAACCUUGUCCUCAUCCUUUUGCUAACCCCUCCAGCUCCAGAUGUGUCCUCUCCUCCUCCUCCUCUGCGUGUUCACAAUGUGAAGUGUUGUAUCACCCCGGCUCCCUACCCUUCUGACCCCUUGUCGAAUGUGUUGCUUUAUAUAAUCUGGCCAAGAAAUACUGCACUGGAGAGGAGAAGAAGAUUAGAUUGUAAAUAAAUGGUUUGUUAAAUUUGUUAUGUCUAUUUCUGUUGUUAGAGUGUGAAGUCAAAAUGGUGUGAUCCUGCUUGGGAUGGACUGUCAGGAUAACUACGAUGCAUUCAUGUCCUUAACCGCUCCCCCCAGUGCAGUGGUCACUGUAUUAUUAGGGGAGGAGGCACUUCCAUUUCCAGAAAAGGUGGCUGAUUCUGAAAUUGACCAGUUUGAGAGAAACUAUUGGACCAACUUUCAGUAUCUGAGCUUAGAAAGUCAGGAUUGAUGAUUGAUAGGGCAGGCUUUGGCUUAAAACUUCAGAAAUUUUAGGAGUUUUACUGUAGUCAGUUUUAACUGAUCUUACAUUGUAGAGAAUUUGCCCUCUUCCUUUAAUAUCCUCGUGAAAACUUUUGUAAACUGCCCAGAGAACUUCAGCUACUGGGUAGUAUAGAAAUGGAAUAAAGAAAUAAUGAUUUGGUAAUAUAGAACCACAUGUAAAUAAAAUUAAAAUCAAUGAAAAGCCUCAGGAAAAAUCACUCAGAAAUGAAAUCCACUGAUGGCCCUAUUACCUGCACUGAGCAGGGGGCUGCACCCAGUGCCCUCCCCACUCUGUUAUUCUCUGAUUCUAUUCUCAGCUGGUUUUGUGAUUUGAUGUGGUCAUUGUAAGCUAAAGAAAGGCAGGUCCCAAAUAGUAAAAACAAAUAUGUGUAGUGCAGCCUUAUAGAUGUCUACAGAGAUGGAAAACCAGUUGAGUUCAAUGGUCUUACUUCCAGGCAGGUUGGAAUGGGACCGUAGUAACCUAAGUAUAAUUUCUAAGCAAACUCAGAGGGAGAACCCAUGCAUACUUAUAUGGAAGUCUUGCUUUCAGUGGGAUUAUCAAGCAGGUGUGGAUAGGAUCGCACCUUUAGCUUGCAAAUCUUCUGGCAGUAAAUCCAUUCACACAUCAUGGGAUUUACUUCUGGGUGUAUAGGAAUGGACUUCAUGUGCCUUCAUGUGAACUUGGAAGAAAUAUUUGAAUAAAAUGCUUAUAUUUGGUCAGAAUUGUAAGGCUUCAGAGUCUGAAUAAAAUUUCCAGAUGUGGCUAUG